GCCCAGGCCUAGAGACGAAGGAAUGAACGAAAACAUUUGCGUUUAAUCCACUUGCUUCCUCGCUCGAUUUCUCCUUUUCCGACAGCGAGAGUCAUUAAAUUCCCUUGCUUUCUUCAGCCGUAUAAAUCCGAGAGUUAAGUUGGCGAACAAACCCAGAGUGAGGGAUCAUGCAAGGGAAGAGGAUCGAUCGGGAAGAACUGAAGCCCGGUGACCACAUUUACUCGUGGAGGGAGGCACACAUUUAUGCGCAUCAUGGAAUAUAUGUUGGCGAGGGAAUGGUGAUCAACUUCACUACAGGAGGUCAAGAAAGUGGCCCAGGAACUUUCUGGGACCGUUUCUUUCGGGGUUCAUCUUCCACUCGUUCUGCUGCCAAUCCAUGUCCAAAAUGCGGCGGCCAAUCAAGGCUUCGUGGAGUCAUUUCUUCAUGCUUGGAUUGUUUUCUCAUGGGUGGUGAUCUAUACCGCUUUGAGUAUGGUGUCUCAGCAGCAUUUUUUAUGGCAGCUCGACCAGGAACCUGCACACUUGCCUCAUCUGACCCACCUGAAGAUGUCCUCCACCGUGCUAGAUAUCUUCUUCAAAAUGGAUUUGGCGUCUACAAUGUCUUCAAAAACAACUGUGAAGACUUCGCAAUUUACUGCAAAACAUGCCUUGUUGUGAGCAAAAACAUCGGUGUAGGCCGGAGUGGGCAGGCAUCAUCAUACUUAUUAGCUGCUACUUUUGCUGCUGGCGGUAUCUUCGGUUAUGGCAUGUACUGUGUUAGCCGUCUUGCUUCUGAUAUUGGAGUACGCCGUGAUGUAGUCAAAGUUCCUGUGGAAAGUCUUGCGAGCCAUCAAGGCUGAAUGAACCAGCCAACACAAGUGAGGUGAAAAGCUUGUAAACCCGUCUGGCUCGGAUGAAGUAGCCAGGGCAAAUGAGGUGAGCAAAAUAAGACUAGAUGCAGGUGCACAAAAACUGUAUCGGAUAAUGCAAGUGUUAAAAGUGUAAUGGUGUGUCGCCCGUUGGUGAGUAUUUUAUUUGAAAUUUGAACGGUUUGUUAAAGAUAUUGUGUGGUUUUUAUUUGUGAGUUUAAAUAUGUAAGAUGUUUAUCAACAAAUGAUCAAGUCAUUUAAAAAUAACAUUACCCUCCGCAUUGUCGUUGACAUCAUUGCAA